CCUUCAUUAGCAGCUAGCGAAUCUGGGCCAGCUCUCACCGGAUCUUCUGCAUAUGUGUCCCUGCUCACCUUCUACAUCCCCCACAAUCCCCUGCACAGGCCUCGGCGCACGCGGCGGACGUCUGCCUCCUCACAGUCCUGUGUGUGUGUUCCUGUUCCUUCAUCAUUGAGUCUCAUGUGUGUUACGUGUGUGUUUUGGACAGACGUGCCGAGGAAUUUCUCUGUGAAUCUGGCGACGAAGACGAGUGUGUUGCUGACGUGGGAGUUUCCGGAGAGCAGCGCCCCCUAUCGCUUCACUGUGGAGUACAACCGGCAGAAGAUGGAGGUGGACGCACGUCUCAGGAAGGCUGUGAUCCCAAACCUGCAGCCGGACACCAGCUACGACUUCAAGAUCACCAGCCCCGAGGGGAACAUGGGCGGACUCAGACACCGCAUUCAUGCCAAGACAUCUCCUCCCAUCCUCAUCCGCCGGCCCGAGGUGGACCACACACGAGAGACCGAAGCCACGGUCACCAUCAUACUGCCCUCGCUGGACCCCCGGAGCAGCGUCAGGAACAUCUACGUGGUGGUGGUUCCUCUGAAGAGAGCACGAGGCGUGAUCCGGCAUCUGAAGAGCCCAGACGAGAUGGACCUGGAGGAGCUGCUGAAGGACAUCAGUCAGAAGCAGCGAGACCCGCGUCAGCGUCAGGUGGAUCUGAGGAGGGCGUACAUCACCGCCCGCUUCACACCCGCCACCCUGCCAGCCUUCUUCACUCUCGGAGACCAGCUCGACUACGGAGGCUUCGAGAACCGAGCGCUAGAAGCGGGUCAGGAGUAUGUGUUCUUCAUCCUGGCAGAGCUCAACUCCACCACCGGGAAGAUGUUUGUGGCCAGUCCUUACACUGACCCAGUGAUCGCGCCGGACUCGGACCCUCAGCCUCUGGACGCGGGGGACGGUCUGAUCUGGGUGGUGGGACCCGUGCUGGCCGUGAUCUUCAUCAUCUGCAUCGUCAUCGCCAUCCUGCUCUACAAGAAUAAACCUGACAGCAAACGCAAGGAUUCUGAGCCAGGAACUAAAUGUUUGCUGAAUAAUGCUGAGAUGAUGGCACACCAUCCCACCGACCCUGUGGAGAUGAGACGCAUCAACUUCCAGACACCAGGUAUGAUGAGUCACCCGCCCAUCCCCAUCUGUGAGCUGCCCGAGCACACGGAGCGCCUGAAGGCCAACGACAACCUGCAUCUGUCUCAGGAGUACGAGUCGAUUGAUCCCGGCCAGCAGUUCACAUGGGAACACUCAAACUUGGAGGUGAACAAGCCGAAGAACCGCUACGCUAACGUGAUUGCGUACGACCACACGCGUGUGAUCCUGGCUCCGACAGACGGCAUUAUGGGUAGUGACUACAUCAACGCCAACUACAUCGACGGUUACAGGAAGCAGAACGCGUAUAUCGCCACCCAGGGGCCACUGCCGGAGACCUUCGGGGAUUUCUGGAGGAUGGUGUGGGAGCAGAGAGCAGCUUCGGUGGUCAUGAUGACCAAACUAGAGGAGAAAUCACGGAUCAAGUGUGAUCAGUACUGGCCCAGUCGGGGAACAGACUCGUUCGGGGCAGUUCAGGUCACUCUGCUGGACACCAUGGAGCUGGCCACAUUCUGUGUGAGAACCUUCUCUCUGCACAAGAGCGGCUGUAACGAGAGGAGAGAGGUGCGGCAGUUCCAGUUCACCGCUUGGCCCGACCACGGCGUUCCCGAAUAUCCCACUCCAUUCCUGGCCUUCCUCCGCAGGGUCAAAGCCUGUAACCCGCCGGACGCCGGCCCCGUCAUCGUCCACUGCAGUGCUGGAGUGGGCCGCACCGGCUGCUUCAUCGUGAUCGACGCCAUGCUGGAGCGCAUCCGUCACGAGCGGACGGUGGACGUGUACGGGCUCGUGACCCUGAUGCGCUCGCAGAGGAACUACAUGGUGCAGACGGAGGAUCAGUACGGCUUCAUCCACGAGGCGCUGCUGGAGGCCGUGGCCUGCGGGAACACGGAGGUGGCGGCGCGCAGCCUGUUCUCAUACAUACAGAACCUGUCGCAGGUGGAGGCCGGAGAACACGUGACCGGCGUAGAGCUGGAGUUCAAGCGUCUGGCCAACAGUAAAGCACACACCUCCAGGUUCGUCAGCGCUAAUCUGCCCUGCAACAAGUUCAAGAACCGGCUGGUGAACAUCAUGCCGUACGAAACCACCCGCGUGUGUCUGCAGCCAAUCAGAGGCCUGGAAGGGUCGGACUACAUCAACGCCAGCUUCAUCGACGGAUACAGGCAGCAGAGGGCGUAUAUUGCGACGCAGGGGCCGCUAGCGGAGACCACGGAGGACUUCUGGCGCAUGCUGUGGGAACACAACUCCACCAUCGUGGUGAUGCUGACCAAACUGCGUGAGAUGGGACGGGAGAAGUGUCAUCAGUACUGGCCAGCCGAGCGCUCCGCACGCUAUCAGUACUUCGUAGUGGAUCCCAUGGCAGAAUACAACAUGCCACAGUACAUCCUGAGGGAGUUCAAAGUCACCGACGCCAGGGACGGACAGUCCAGAACCGUCAGACAGUUCCAGUUCACCGAUUGGCCAGAACAAGGAGUUCCAAAGUCAGGGGAGGGUUUCAUUGAUUUCAUUGGACAGGUGCAUAAAACCAAGGAGCAGUUCGGUCAGGACGGACCAAUCGCAGUCCACUGCAGUGCGGGUGUUGGGCGUACGGGUGUGUUCAUCACCCUCAGUAUUGUCCUAGAGCGGAUGCGUUACGAGGGCGCUGUGGACAUCUUCCAGACGGUCAAAAUGCUGCGCACUCAGCGGCCAGCGAUGGUGCAAACUGAGGACGAGUAUCAGUUCUGCUAUCAAGCCGCUCUGGAGUACCUGGGAAGUUUUGAUCACUAUGCAACAUAAGAAGAACACCAACCUGUCCACCACCUUCCCCAUGUCUCAACAACCCCACAAACACCCGCAGAGGAACCACGACACGUCAAACACACGGACAGCGACGCAGAGCAGACGUUCUCUCAAUGCAAACUAUUACCUCAGUGUUCAGAUAUUGAUAUUAAUGUUGUGGUCAGCUUUUUAGAAAUAUUAAACUCUGGACGAAGAUCUUCUUCACAACGAAAAGAAAACAUUACAUGUACAAAAUCUAUUUAAAGCAAAACAACAACAAAAAAGAAACUAUGAAAUCAAAAGCCUGAAUAAUUGCUGCACCCUUCAGUGGGAGUUUCUUCGAACUGUCUUUGCCAAUGUCAGGCGUGAAUGAGCGAGAGCCCGUCUGUGCCUGCCAGAGUCAUCGUUGCCAUCCCGAGCGAACGCCGCAGAACGGAAGCAGAUCUCUUACCUUCUGUGCCUAACGGAGCGACCGCAGAACUGCACCAACGCCGGACAUCAGCACACGUGAUCUCAUCUCUGUCCUGAUCCUCGGGAGCUGUGCACGAGACGGACUGAACUCUGUGAAUACUGUAUUCGGUGUGUCUCUAAAUGACUAUAUGCUGCUUAAACCGUGUUUGGAGGCCGAGGGAGUUUUCGAGGCUUGAAUCUUGUAUCUGUAUCAUGUUCUUUUGCUUCUUUCUGCUGUGGCAUAAUGUACUCCGCUGUGUCUUUAUGGUGGGACGACGGAAGAGCCUCGGUUCUUGGGUUUAUAGAUUAAUGCACGUUCUAGAGGAAUUGCAAGAUUCAUUCCCCAGUAUUUCUAGCCAUGCCUCAAACACUAGAAACAUCUUCUGAGAUGGUUGCAUUCUCCCUCGAUCAGAUCUCACCCGGCCGAGCCGAACCCGCCGAAACUCUUCCCGUCAUGUUUAGUUUAGCGCAGCCGUGAUGUUUAGGAGUAGCGCAGGAAGCGACCGGUUCUGAGAUCUCCACCUGAGACGUGAAGUGAGCCUUAUCGUUGUUGUCCAAAUAUUUAACCGACCUGAUUUUUUUAUUUAGUUUAUUUAUAUUAUGCUUGAAUUUUUAAGGAUCUAUUUAUUUAUAUGAUUUUUAUGGAAAUCUAAUUAGUGAGCUGUGGUGUAGUUGGCCAGCUAAUGUGACUGUACACGGCUCAGAUGUACAGUGUUGUGCUUCGUAACCCUCUCAGAUAUUUUGAUAUUUCCUGUGCACUGAUUGUUCUAGAGGAAGCUGACGGCCCGCGGCCCUCCGGAGCCCAAACCUCACAGAAACGGUUGUGAAGUAUCGCUCCAUCGCAAACAAAACACACGUGUUCUUAGACAAUACACACAUUUCUCGAGUUAAAGCACACGCAGAUUUCAAGAGCCCAGAGAGACGACAUCAGCCUCAGAUCAGCGUCACAGAUCUGUGGUGUACAGUACUGUACCAUACAGUGAUUCACCGUGGUAAACCCAACAAAAACCACCACAGUAAUACCAUAUUAUCAUGACUGAAAUGUGAUGGAGGGCUGAAAUAUUUGUGGCCAUGGAACACAAAACCAGUCAUAAGGGUAAUUAUUGUUCACCUGAAAGCUAAAUAAAUCAUCUCUCCAUUGACGUCUGGUAUUGUUGUCUAUUGCUACAAAUAUAUCUGUGCUACUGAUGACUGCUGCAGGGACACAUUUUUAAGAUUUAAGAGAUUUAAGCUGCAGUCACGGUUAGUGUUAUUCUGUGAAUGUUCACAGGUGAGAUUCAGUCAUUUUAACUGGAAUCCAAUGAUUCUCUUGAGGGCAAAAGAUUCCUACAGGCGGAUUUUAUUUUGAUUGCAUGGAUUCACCAAAAUUAAGCUGCUAGGUUUGUGAGUUUUGCUUUUCUACAUCGCACUAUUGUCCAAAAAUGAUGAAAGUUAAUUUCCGCCAUGUAAUAUAAAAAUAGGCUUAGGGUUGGGUUUAUAUUUUGUUCUCACUAUUCUGCCCUUCUUUCUUCAGCCAAACCUCAGCUGAUUAACUGUGGCAUCACUGUAUCGUAGUACGAGCACAUCCUAGUCAAGGAGACGCUGAUCUGCAGGUGUUCUCUCUUCAUGAAUGAAAGCACAUUGAGACAUGAUUCUGUUUCUCAUCAAUCAGUUAUUCUCAAUAUGAAAUGUUCCUUUGGAGAUGAAAGCACACAAACGAACCAAAAGCAACAGCUGAUGAGACGCCAGUGUGACGAGUGAACGCGGGCCGCGUGCUGCAUACAGUACAGUAGUGUUUCACUUUCUCUGCUUGUUGAUUUCAGAUCAUGUAUGUAGAUAUGUUGACUUUGUAUUAAAAUUGAACGACUGAAUAUACUGACGUGAAGACCGUG